CGGCAGAGACCAGAGACCAGAGACAGAGCUCCAGGAGAAAUGGUGCUGCGGUGAGGGUGCCUGGAAAGGACUGCGCUCCAAACCAAGAGAAGGAUUUCCACAGCUUUCAAAGAGACAAUAGUCAAACCACUGCAGGGAGCGAGACGUUCCACCACCACCACCACUAUGAAGGAAACUACUGAAAAUGUCUGUCUGGACGAUGCCAGCUGCAGCCAGACCAAGACCCAGGAUACUAUUUUUCACUCUGAAGAAGAUAACAGUCUUUAUUUCACAUACAGUGGAAAAUCAAAUGUUCUGGAGGUCAAAGAACUCAACUACCAGGUUAACACAGCAUCCCAGAUUCCCUGGUAUGAGAACCUUGCUCAGAUGAAAAUGCCCUGGACAUGGAAAUCGGAUCCCAAUUCCCACAUGCCAGUAAUCCAAAAUCUGAAUCUAAAAGUGCAAAGUGGUCAGAUGCUUGCAAUUAUAGGAAGCACUGCUGGUGGAAAGACAUCCUUGCUUGAUGUGAUAACCUGCCGUGAUCAUGGAGGCAAAAUCAAGUCUGGUCAAGUCCUGAUCAACAACAAACACAGCACUCCCCAGCUUGUCAGGAAAUGCAUAGCACACGUGAGGCAGGAUGACCGACUGCUCCCGCACCUGACUGUCAGAGAAACACUAUUGUUCGUUGCCAAACUGCGCCUUCCAAAGUUUUUUUCAGACUCACAAAGGAAAAAAAGGGUGGAAGAUGUGAUCGCAGAGCUCCGCCUGCGGCAAUGCGCCAACACCAGGGUGGGGAAUGAGUAUCUGCGGGGCGUCUCCGGGGGAGAGAGGCGCAGGGUGAGCAUCGGCGUGCAGCUGCUCUGGAACCCGGGAAUACUCAUACUUGAUGAACCCACAUCUGGACUGGACAGUUUUACUGCACAUAACCUUGUGAUAACAUUAUCCAGACUGGCCAGAGGAAACAGAUUGGUUCUUCUUUCACUUCAUCAGCCCCGGUCAGAUAUCUUCCAAUUGUUUGAUUUGGUUCUUCUGAUGACUUCUGGACUCACUGCCUACUGUGGAACAGCUGAAGACAUGGUCCAGUAUUUCACAGAACUAGGCUAUCCCUGCCCAAGGUACAGCAAUCCUGCGGAUUUCUAUGUUGACUUGACCAGUAUUGAUAAACAGACUCCAGAAAAAGAGAUGGAAAGCCGAAGAAGAGCAAACGCUCUUGCCAAUUUGUUCAUUGAAAAGGUCAAACAUUUUGAUGAUUUCUUAUGGAAAGUUACUGAAGGAGACGGUGCUGAGACCACAGUCAUCAAGCAGAGGAAUUCCGAAGAGGUUAUGAACAUGCCUCACAAUUCAAGUGAUCAAUUACCAGGAGCCUUAAAGCAGUUCACUAUAUUAUUAAGUCGUCAGGUCUCCAAUGACUUCAGAGAUCUUUCAACAUUAUUAAUCCAUGGAUUUGAAGCCCUUCUUAUGUCACUACUAAUUGGAUUUUUGUACUAUGGCCAUGAAAAAACCGGACUCUCUAUUCGUGACACAACAGCCCUGCUGUACAUGAUAGGUGCCCUAAUCCCAUUCACAAUAAUUUUGGAUGUUAUUGCCAAGUGUCAUUCAGAAAGAGCAAUGCUUUAUCAUGAUUUGGAAAGUGGAAUGUACUCUGUUGGUCCAUACUUCUUUGCUAAGAUUUUGGGGGAGCUCCCAGAACACUGCAUUUUUGUUAUAAUUUAUGGGAUUCCCAUCUACUGGCUGGCAAACCUUGUUCCUGAUCCAGAACAUUUCCUGCUGAACUUCCUGUUAUUGUGGUUGGCUGUUUACAGUGCCCGUGCCAUGGCACUUUGGGUGGCAGCUCUGCUACCGACGUUACAGCUCUCGGCCUUCCUUGGCAAUGUCCUCUUCACAUCAUUCUACCUGAGUGGUGGUUUUGUGAUAAGUCUGAACAGCCUCUGGACAGUUCCUUUUUGGGUUUCAAAAAUUUCUUUUCUCAGAUGGAAUUUUCAAGGAAUGAUGCAAAUUCAGUUCACUGACACUACAUAUGAAAUGACUGAUCGAAACAUUACUUAUCAAAUACCAGGGAAACUUGUCACUCAGGCUCUGGACCUGGACUCCCACCCUCUCUAUGUGAGCUACCUUGUCCUCACUGGCAUCAUUUGCAGCUUCCUGCUUUUAUACUAUUUAUCUUUACGCUUUAUCAAGCAGAAAUCAACCCAAGACUGGUAUACAGCAAAGGAUUGUGCAUGUCACGAGACUGAAGGAAAGCUAGCCCUGGCAGUGGAUCUCAUCUGAGGACAAGGACAGGAGUAAAGGUCCUUUUAUUUGCUCCAUCAUGGAAACCUGAUAGAUGAUCAAACUUCUUUCAGCUGUAAUCUCUAUUCUACUAUUAAACACAAACAAUUUUAUUUGCCCAUUUUUUUGUUAAUUAGAAACACUAACCAACUGUGGUAAUAACAAUACUCUGCCACGUUUCAUAGCCCUUUUCUAAUUAAAAGUAACAAUAGCCUGAAAGGAGAAUUUGUUCUCUCAAAAACUAUGCUAAUACAAGGCUGAAUUUGGCCCAAAACAAGAACUCAUGUUUGAAUGCUUACUAACUCUAAAAUUAAAAAAAAACCCAAACAAAAAACAACCAACUUCAAUUUAAAAGCUCUUAUUUCUACCCCUCAUGGCUAGAGCACAAUCUAAGCCUUCUCAUUUUCAGUUGUGCUAAAUAUUUUGCUGAUGAUCCCUUUAACAGUCAAAUGAUCAAAUUCUCAUGCAGGUAAGAUGAUUGCAUAGAAUAACCUUUCAAAACUCUUCAUGCUUGUACUGAGUAUCUUCUUUAGAACCUACUAGGAGCUUCUGCUUGAAGAGAGUACAGCAAGCAUCUGUUCAUACAGAGUGCAGUUCCACAUGUUCAAUACACUCUAACCACUGUUUUAAGUAUAGUAGAGCAAGUGAUUGAUUCUCUGCAAUCUUUUUAUGAAACUGCUAUACCAUCAUGUAGUUAGGAAGGACAGUGAAAAACUUAGUUCACUUACAGAACUUUUACUGAGGUAAAAGCAGCAGAGGACUAAUGACAGCAUAAAGCAGCAAGUACAGUGCUGGUGACAAAAGGGCAAUUUUUUGUUUUAUAACAUGUUAAAAAACUUACUCUACUUUGAACCUCAACUUAUCUGUUACAGGGCUAAACAACUUUGGUAGUGAUUGCUCUUUGCAAUGUUACCAAACAAACAAAUUUUCUAAGUUAGAUAACAUCAUAGGACUUCUACAACUUGAUUCAAGUAAGUUUGUAUUCCUUUAACACCGUAUCUUGGAUUUGUGUUUGAAGUGUUUUACCUAAUUAUUCCUAUUUAUUUCAUCUAUGACAGACUGGUGCAC